AUGUACUGCGCAACACAGCACGGCAGUUCAGUCAUCACUAGGCUGUCAGUCAGUCUGUUCAUCGAACGAUCAGUUCGUCCUAAGCAGAUGAAAAUGUCUCCGGAAAGAGGAGGAGCGGAGGGCAAGGAAGAAGGAUCGAGGAUGGCUUCUGCUGCGCUCCCGGAGGCGGAGGCAGUCCAGCCAAGGAACAAGGGCAAUUUCAAGUACGCCUUCACCUGCGCCCUCUGCGCUUCCAUGGCCACCAUCGUCCUCGGAUACGACGUUGGGGUGAUGAGCGGGGCGUCGCUGUACAUCAAGAGGGACCUGCAGAUCACGGACGUGCAGCUGGAGAUCAUGAUGGGCAUCCUCAGCGUGUACGCGCUCAUCGGGUCCUUCCUCGGCGCGAGGACGUCCGACUGGGUCGGCCGCCGCGUCACCGUCGUGUUCGCGGCCGCCAUCUUCACCACCGGCUCCUUGCUCAUGGGCUUCGCGGUCAACUACGCCAUGCUCAUGGUCGGCCGCUUCGUCACCGGCAUCGGCGUGGGCUACGCCAUCAUGGUCGCGCCCGUGUACACGGCCGAGGUGUCCCCGGCGUCGGCCCGCGGCUUCCUCACGUCUUUCACCGAGGUGUUCAUCAAUGUGGGCAUCCUCCUUGGCUACGUCUCCAACUACGCCUUCGCGCGCCUCCCGUUCCACCUCAGCUGGCGCGUCAUGCUCGGCAUCGGCGCCGUCCCGUCCGCCCUGCUCGCGCUCAUGGUGUUCGGCAUGCCGGAGUCGCCCCGCUGGCUCGUCAUGAAAGGACGCCUCGCGGAUGCCAGGGCCGUGCUGGCCAAGACCUCCGACACGCCAGAGGAGGCCGUGGAGCGCCUUGACCAGAUCAAGGCUGCCGCUGGCAUCCCGAGGGACCUUGACGGCGACGUGGUCGUCAUGCCUAAGACAAAAGGCGGCCAGGAGAAGCAGGUGUGGAAGGAGCUCAUCUUUUCGCCGAGCCCAGCCAUGCGGCGCAUACUGCUCGCGGCGCUCGGCAUCCAUUUCUUCCAGCAGGCGACGGGCUCCGACUCGGUCGUGCUCUACAGCCCACGCGUGUUCCAGAGCGCGGGCAUCACCGGCGACAACCACCUGCUCGGCGCCACAUGCGCCAUGGGGGUCAUGAAGACGCUCUUCAUCCUGGUGGCCACGUUCCAGCUCGACCGCGUCGGCCGGCGGCCGCUGCUGCUGACCAGCACGGCCGGCAUGCUCGCCUGUCUCAUCGGCCUCGGGACAGGCCUCACCGUCGUGGGUCGGCACCCGGACGCCAAGAUCCCCUGGGCCAUCGGCCUGUGCAUCGUGUCCAUCUUGGCAUACGUGUCCUUCUUCUCCAUCGGCCUCGGCCCCCUCACGAGCGUGUACACCUCGGAGGUCUUCCCGCUGCGGGUGCGCGCGCUGGGCUUCGCGCUGGGCGCGUCAUGCAACCGCGUGACCAGCGCCGCGGUUUCCAUGUCCUUCCUGUCCCUGUCCAAGGCCAUCACCAUCGGCGGCAGCUUCUUCCUGUACGCCGGCAUCGCGGCGCUUGGAUGGGUUUUCUUCUUUACCUUCAUUCCGGAGACGCGUGGCCUGCCGCUGGAGGAGAUAGGGAAGCUUUUCGGCAUGACGGACACGCCCGUCGAAGCCGAAGACACCGCCACGAAAGACAAGGCGAAAGUAGUGGAGAUGAACUAG